UGACUGUUUGUACGUGAGAGUGAAUUUUUUUUUUGUUCGGAUAUGCUCAUAGUGGUUAAUAAAAAAAUUUAACCAUUUUUUUUUUUGAGUAUUGAAAACUUUUUACUAGGCCUACUAGAUUGGUUCGUUUUUUUUAGUGAAAAUUUUGCAAUCUGGAAAUAUGGAUGAAACUAUUAAUGGAGGGGAGGGUCGAGUAACGCGUUCGCUCAGGAAACGUUUAACCUCUAUAGACAGUGAAACUUCCAGCCGGCCUGGAACACCAGUUCAAUCUGUCAAAUUAAAUACCAUCAGUGAAAGAACGACUGCUUCUCCACCAAGAACAACGCGUAGUACACGUCAAGCAACGACGCCGCUAAAGACACCUGCCAAGCGUUUGUCAACUCUUAUUACCGAUAUAGUGGGCAGUGCAGAGAAUACGUCGAUCAAACGUCUUACACGUCGUAGAGUUUCAGGGAUAGAUGAUGAGCAUAAUCGGCAAACUCUUGCCAAAGUAGAUAUUGAUCCAUUAGCUGAAGAAGUACGUAGUUCAUCUGUUGAAAUCCAAGCGGUAGAGCAAUCGGAGUCGAAAGCGAUGAAACGGAAAAUACGUCGACCAGGGCCAAGGUCGAAAACUCGCGAUAACUUGGAUAGCGUUGACUCGGAUGUAGAAAUUAUUGAUGAAGAAUCGACGUUCAAUACAAAGGAUAUAAAAAUAGAAACAUGUAUCGAUUUGUCGGGCGAUAACGAAGAAAACAUUUCGGAAUUGGAUAUUAAAAAUCCACGGAAUUCUAAGCUAGGAAAACUAGAAUUUCACACCAUAAUCGAUAUUUCAGAAGAUCAAGAAGAAUACGUUACGAUUGAAAAUUCUCCGAAUGCAAAACCAUUAACUAAGGAUAUGGAAUUGAAAGCGUCAUCAUCGGAAGUAGAAAACCAAGCCGAGAAUUCUAAGCCUGAUGAAAGUAAGCCGGAGCAUUUGGAAUCGCAUCUGUCGGAUUGUAAAGAACCUCUUAAAAAUGUUUCGAUGAACGGGCAGUCAGAAUAUAAUAUUAAAAUCGAGUGUAAAGAGAUUGUUGCUAAUGAUGAAAAAAGUGAAGAAGUCCGAAGAUCCCCCAUAAGUAAUGAAACCGUGGAAACCGAUAAUAAUAAUGAAGUUAAUGACAGCUCAGCCGAAAUUUUACAAAAUCCGAUAGGUAAUAUAGAAAAUCUUGAAAGCGCUAGUGCUGUUGAAAAUGAGAAGGACGUCCAGAACGCUCCAAAUGAUAAACUGUCACAACAACCAUUAGCUACGUUAGCAUUAAAAGAGACUCCGAGCUCAGAAACUGCAGACGUGCAAUUAGAAGCUCGCCCAGUCGAAGCUAGGGUUAUAGAGGUAAUCGAAAUUUGCAAGUCAUCCGAUCUAAGUAAAAAUAUAACUGAUUCAUCUGAAAAGUUAGAAGACAAAAUUGUAGAAGAGAAAGCGGUAGUUUUCGCUAAUGCUGUUGACGAUGAAACACCUAAGCAGGUAUUCCCAAAGACACCAGCUGUCACCAAAACAAGAAGUUAUAUAGAGGCGAAUUGUUCAAGCGAGGAUAAUUCAUUCCACAGUACAAAAGAUUCAGAUGUAAAAAGCUUCGAACAGCAUAUCAUUAAAGAAGAAGAAAUAUGUGGAAGAGAAGAAAAAGCAAUUGAAGCAGAUAAAAGCAUUGAUGAUGAUGUUAGCAAAGGUGAGACGGAGAUUAAAAGAAACUACGAAGAGCAAUCACCGCUAAUUGUAAAACGUAAAAUAGACGAUACAAUUCAAAUGCAGAGUUCUACUCCAAUUACGUUAAAUAAUAGUUCAAUGAAAAUAGCAAAAGAAUUACCUAAAAGAUCUUUGAACCUGAAUACAUCGACGUACGAUAAGGAUGAUAGUGGAAACAAAAGUAUGAUACAGAAUUUGACGGAGAAAAACUUAACAUCAACCGAAUUAUUAUCAUGUCCUUCGCCGAAGUUAUCGUUUAAUGAGCAUUCAAAUUUAGAAUUAAGUAUCAAUGAGAAGAAAAACGAAAAUUUGUUGAAUGAAAAUACAAAAAACAAGUGCCAUCAGAAUGAUCGUGAAACGACUAAAAGCGAAGCGCAGAAUUCAUUACCUAAAUGGACUCAACCUCAAGCUAUCGGUGAUGUCACGACAAGCGAAAAAUUGGAUGUCAUUGAUAUUCCCAUCGUAGAUAAUUCAAAAGAUAAGAACGUUUUGGAUAAAAUAGAAAUACCGACAAGAUGCGAAUCACGAGAAAGUAUGAGCUUGCAUUUUCCAUCUGAGGAAGAAGCCGAAGAGGAAAAUCAAAUGGAACGCAAUGAGCUGAUAGACGAUGAAGCAAUGGAAAUAGAUGGCUACAAAAGUGGCGAUUCUAUGACAUACGAAGAACGCCGAGAAUUGUUAGAAAAUGAAAUACCCAUUGCUGGUGAAUCGUUAGGUAGUCAUACAACUACAGAUGGUGAAGAAAAUGAGGAUGAUAAUGAUGAAGAUACUGAUGAUAAAGAUAAUUCAUUUAUUGUACCCGACGAUGAAGAGGAUGACGAAGAAGAAAAUAUACCGCUUGAAUACUCGGAUGAUAGUGAAGAAAAUAUUUCCGAAUUAAAAACGAAUAAAAAACAGUAUAAACGUUUACAAUGCCUCGUAGACUCAUCAUCCUCAAGUGAAAAUGAAAAGAAGAAAAUAUCUUAUGAUCGCAAGGAUAAUUUAGAAAAUGAAAGUGACUCGUUACUUUCGUAUGGAGAAGAAAGCACUAAAAAAAAUGCAAAGGAAUCGAAUACCAAUAGCAAACUUAGCGACAAUGCAAAGCGUUUGAAUGAUUCUGUUGAUCGAAACUCUGACAUGAACGUAGAUGGGAAAGAGGAAACCAGUUUAUCACGUAAACAGAUCUUAAAUGAUAUAGGUCCAAUGGAACGUUUUAAUAAAUCUUUACGCAAACUGCAAGUAUCUGAUUCCACUGAUGAAAAUGAUGAAGAAAACCAAAAGUUUGCAACAAAGAAGAAACGCUCAUCUUUCCCAGUUACACUAGCGCCACACAAAAAGCGUGUAACGCUUAGUUCAACAAACAAGCUAUCAAAAUCACUUAUCGAAUAUAGUGGUAGCAGUGCCAGCGACAGCACUGCUGAUCCAAUUGAACAAGAUACAACUAAAAACAAAACUAGGAAAGUAAAUCUUUUGGGUGAUGUUUCCAUCACAACGGAUGACAACAAAUCGUGUAGUAGUAGGGAUGAGCGAGAGGAUUUAGAUGAAAGUGUUGUUAAUGAAGAGGUGCAGAAAAUGCAAAAAUCAAAUGAAAAACUCUGCGAUGUCUCUUUGGAAAAAAAUGAGGAUUGUUUGCAUUCAUCCAAUUCAAUGAAUGUUGAUGUAAAUGAUAUAGAAAAUUCGAAAAAUGCCGAUCGAAUUAACAAAGAUCUUCAGGAAUUCGAUAAACUAAAACAAAUGCCCCUCGGAAAUCCUCUCGUACGCACACGACGACAAUCUCUAUAUUUACCAACUAAUCCUAAUAUGGAAAUAAAUUCUUCAACGACUGGUGGCGGCAAGAAAAAGCGCAAAACUUUAUCGGCUUUUGAUAUCGAUGAAUUUAAUCCUUCGCAAUCAUUUAUAGAGAGCUUGGAAUUGCGUAAACAACAAGAGAACGCCAAAUUAUCGGGUAAACCUAAACGUCUGUCAAAGAGCUUUUCUGGCGCUGGCGAUUCAUUUAAAAACAGCACGGUUGAUAUGGACGUACGCCAUUUCUAUAAGGGUUCGAAUUUAGUUUUAGAUGAAAGCCAAUCUAAAGAAGAAGUUUGCUUUGAAAUCGCAGAAGAAGAGAAAUCUCCAAAUGGUGCCCAAAAACCAAGGACUGUUGAUGAGAGCACUGAUAGCGAAAAAUCGCUUGAAACAACUACGGUACAAACAAAACUUAAACAUCAGGACAAAAAAUAUGGGCAAAACGAAAAUGCAGGAAAUUCUACCGGUUCGGUAAAACAUCUUUCGGAUACAAGCCUAUCCAAAAGUGAAAAAAACGAGCGCAAAGACAUUAAACACGCGGUUCUAAAAGCUUUGGGAGCUUCUGCUAAUAUUAUAUUGGGUAAGAAUAAGCCCAAAUCUCUAGAGAAAUCAGAAAUAUUGACUGCCAAACGCUUGCCUAUCAGCGUCCUUGAAGCCUUAGCUCAAGUAGGAGAUGAGAGUAAUAAAAAAAAAUCUACUAAAAACGAGGUACGUACGAGUGCCGGAGUAUUUACAGAAGGGCCGGUAACACCAAUAAAAAAGAAAAGAAAACUACUUGAGACGACUACAGACCGACCGGAAUGUCAGGUUACCAAAAAGAAAUCAGUUAAAAAAGAUGAGAAUCCGAAACAUUCCUUAUCAAAGAUAUAUACGAGCGCAGGCAUAUUUACAGAAGAGCCGGUACCACAGUCAAAAGAAAAAAAACCUAAAACUAUUAUAACUUCCGCUGGGCCUGUGAUUGUGGAAUCAGUCACACCAACGAAAUCUGCGACUUAUAUUAAGGGAAUUCAUUUUCGUGAAAGCCUGAUAAAUCCUUGGUCUAUGGGAUAUAAGGUUCGUCGAAUAUUGGGUGAUGGGCAAGAUGUACCACUUAUUGCUGAUCAGGCAAAAAAACGUAAAAUGCGACGCAAAAUUGAAGAACCGAUAAAAAUGUUACCUAAACCGCAAUGGACAAGUUCUGGCUUUUUCAUUGAGGAAGAGCUUCCUUUAGCGCGGCCAGUUACUUCGAUAGGCGCAACGAAAUUUAUGAUCGCGUCGUUAAAACGUCCAGAAAAGUUGAAGAAACCAAUUUCUCAAAAUUUUAAGGAAUGUGCUUUAAUGCGUAGCGAUAUUAAAAGGACCUCGGCCCGUGAAAUAAUGCAACGGAAAGAGCGCAUUGAAAUGCAAAAAAAAUAUUAAAUAUUUUUUACAAAUGAAAUUUAAAACGUUCCAUCAACAAUUUCAAAUUUUUCAUAUAUCAUUGUAUUUCCUUCACAAACAUAAGGACGCGUCGUUUAUCAUUGUAUUUU